CAACAGGUGGAGAUGGAUACGAGCUGGAAGCUGGAACAGUCGGGGAUUUAGGGUUUCAACGGGGACUCAAUUGCUCGACUCUCCGAUCCCUUCUUCUCCGGCCAAACUCCGUCGGAAAAUUUCUCCUCCUUCGUCUCAGCUCAAUUCACGUUACAGCUUCGUUCAGGUGUGUUGAGGAAGAACUUGGGCUUAAGUACACAACUUGGUGGGAGAGAUGAAUCACGGCCAACAAUCUGGUGAGGCAAAGCAUGAAGAUGAUGCUGCUCUUACUGAGUUCCUUGCCUCUCUCAUGGAUUAUACUCCUACUAUUCCUGAUGAUCUAGUGGAGCACUACUUGGCUAAGAGUGGGUUUCAGUGCCCCGACGUACGAUUAAUAAGGCUAGUUGCUGUGGCUACACAAAAGUUUGUUGCAGAUGUUGCAAGCGAUGCUCUUCAGCACUGCAGGGCUAGACCAGCACCAGUUGUGAAAGACAAAAAACAACAAAAGGAUAAGCGUUUGGUAUUGACAAUGGAAGACCUCUCAAAAGCUCUGCGUGAGUAUGGUGUGAAUGUGAAGCAUCCAGAAUAUUUUGCUGAUAGCCCGUCGACCGGAAUGGAUCCUGCGACAAGAGACGAAUAGCAACCAGGAAGUCUUGAUCGUCUUUCACAGUAUGGAUGAUCGUGUGUGAGUUACUUGAUUUUCUAUUGUGUUUUAGUUGAAACAAAACUCUCUCUUCUUCCUAGUCAUCGAUUACAUGUAUAUCAUUCCUCUUGUUGUUUGUUUCUUGACUUGUAUCGCUCGUGUUAUUGAGUUUCAUACCAUGCUUUUAUCAAAAUAUUGAUCAGAACAUUAAACAAGAAA